AUGCUUGGAACCUUCAUGAAUACUAAUAGUCAGCCCUAUGUCUCAUUUAUUGAAGCAAUUCUGGAGGAUUAUAUUUUUAAAACCCCAAGGUUGGAUGAGAUCACUGGAGGUUUCGAUCAAUUGCCCUUGGCUUUAGCCAAAUAUUUGGGAAAUGUGAUCAGAUUGAAAUCCACCGUAGUUAAAGUCAUGAGGAAUGAAAAAUCAGUAAUUGUCUACUACCGUAAAGAUAGAUCCACCCCUCCCACCAGCAUAAUGGCAGACUAUGUCAUCAUAACAUCUACUGCAAAGGCAACCAAACGUAUUAAGUUCAGUCCUCUUCUGUCCACCGAGAAGAAUUUUGCAUUAGCUAAUGUCCACUAUGCAAGUGCCACAAAAAUCUUACUGAGCUGCAAUGAGAAGUUCUGGGAGAAGGAUGGUAUAGUUGGUGGGAGAAGUAUCACCGAUCGCCCAUCGCGUUAUAUCUAUUACCCAAGUCACAACUUCACCCAAGGAAGAGGGGUCCUCCUUGCAUCAUACACUUUAUCAGAUGAGUCCUCCUUCUUCCUAUCCCUCAGUGAUGAAGAGUGCUUUGACAUUAUUAUUGAAGACUUGGCUGCCAUUCACUUGAGAUCAGAGGAGGAGCUCCGACACCUUUGUCCUAAGGCUGUGGUGAAGAAGUGGAGCCUGGAUCCAUAUUCCAUGGGUGCUUUUGCCCAUUUCAUCCCAUAUCAGUUUAGGGAUUUGUUUGAGUACCUGUCUCAACCUGAAGGCAGAAUAUAUUUUGCUGGGGAACACACAUCUGCUCCCCAUGGCUGGAUUGACACUGCUAUCAAAAGUGGCCUGAAGGCUGCAAGAGCUGUUCAAAAUGAUGCCAACACAUUUCUCCACAAAUAA